AUGAUGUCCGAGUUGGAAGCAAGCGAUUUGUUAGUGGAGUUGGGCCAAUCCUUGAAAUCACGUGUUUCGGAAGAUGCGAAAGAAAUUGGAGAUGGAUUGGAUUACUAUGACACAAUGUCAGAAACAGAAUGGAAAAGUGCUAGACUAUCAUCCAGCCAUAGUGACGACAUUGGGAGUCUCAAUGACGCUCUACGGGUCCAACAAUUGGAAGAAGAGCAAGAACGGCUCAAUAACUCGCUAUUCUCUCUGAGCUCUCAUUUCGCUCAAGUGCAGUUCCGGAUAAAGCAGAUGAAUGAAGCAGACCCCCACGACCGAGAGAAACUACUCACGGAGCUCCAGGAGUUUGCGUUCAAAGGCUGCACGGAUAUGAAUGAACUGCAAAGGCUACGGAGUGAGAGUGAAAGUGGGAAUGAAGUGUUGGAAAAACAAAAUGAGCGGCAAAAAGAGUUAUUGAAACAGCUUCGUGAACAAGUGGAAGACUUGGAAAGGACAGCUUAUGAGAAUGGAGAAGGUGCACUGCCCAGCACGGAUAUUCUAAAAAAACAAAAAGCAGUUCUUGACAAACUCCAAGAAAAGAUUGAGUUGAACCUGGAUAUUGACAAAAUGAACCAAACAGAAAUACAACGUAAUGUGGAUGACGCAUUGAAACAACUUGUGAAUCCAUUCAAAGAGAAAGGGCAGCUAGUAGAUCAAUUGCAAACACAAAUCACAGAUUUGGAGAGAUUUGUCAAUUUUCUGCAAAAGGAGAACGCCGAAAAUUCUAACCAAACUACACCAGUUAGGAGUAUGGGCUCCACUCCACUUUCCGGUGCAAAAUCCAAAAACAACUCGUUUCUCAGUGGCAUCAUCGGUUGCUCAACAGGAAGAUUCCAAAAGAAUCAGCUGAAAAAUACACUAAAAGGGAACCAUUAUGGAGACGAGCGAGCACAUGUGCAGCUUGCAGUUGACGCCACUCAACAAGUCCUCGAAAAAUACACCCUGUUGUCAUUUGACUCCGCUGCUAAAGGCCAAUUAGAAGAAGUCCAAGUUGAAAAUGACGAGGUCUUUGAGAGAUCCGAAGAGGAAGUGGUAACUGUUGUCCGAAAGCAGCUGUGUCCCGCAUUGAAGGCUUUGUUAGAGCACGGAAUGCUUUCAGAGACCGUUGUGCACAAAAGGAUACCAGGAUUGGGGUGUUUUGUAGCCAAAACAACGAACGAUGAAAAAUCAACUUGUUUGAGUCAUAUUUGGGAUGUGAUCAUCUAUUUUUAUGGGAUGAAAACUGGUAGGGACACUACGGAUGCCCCUGUUAGGAAACUUAGUCAAUCGUUCAAACUGGAUCAUGUGGGUGGGAGAAGUAUUACGUCUAAGCAGAUUCUUCUGACUACAAUUGAGAAUAUAAUCUCGACUCAUGCAAGGUUAAAACGAUCAAAAGAUGCUCAUUGGAAGGCUUUUGUGUCAGCAGCAAUGAAUGAGAAAAAACUGCCGGCAUGGCUGAGGAUAAUCUUCCGAACACGACAAGUUGUGGAAAUGUGCUACAACUCUUGGAGUUAUGUUGCUAGAACUGGUUGUGAAGAACUCUAUACACUUCUCGAAGACUUACACAAAUACAGUAUCCACCUGCCGGUAGACUUGGCAUUACGACCAUUCGAACAAAUCAAAGAUGCAUUCUAG